UGUGAAGGGCAUGAGUGGUUUAUCAGAGUGGCAAGGUUCUGUGCUCACCAAACAGUCACCUCAUAAUCUUCUGUGAUCAAGCUCUCUAUCUACUGUCGGAGGUAACCGGUAGCUUUCCCGAUCUAAGCUCUCGGGGCAAGAAUGGCGCAUAAAACCAUGGCCGCGUUGCUGGCGCUGCUGCUACUGUUGCAUGUCACGGGAAGCUUUGCCGCCAGUGUUGCUUCGAGAGAGACCAACGCGCUGCUGUCGCUGAAGUUGACGAUGAACGCCAACACGAUUCUGACCACGUGGAAGUUCGGCACCUUCGCGUGCGCAGCGAAAUGGAAGGGCGUCACGUGCAAGGCCGGCGCCGUCGUCGGCCUGUCGCUGCCGAAGAUGAAGCUGGGCGGCACCAUCGGCUCGGCCGUCGGCUACCUCAACAACCUGCUGUCGCUGGACCUCUCCGGCAACUCCAUCGGCGGCGAUAUCCCCAGCGAGGUGGCUUUCUGCAACAAGCUCAUGUCCCUGAAACUCAACAGCAACAAGCUCUCGGGCCCCAUUCCUCCCCAGCUCGCGAAUCUCCAAAACCUCAACACCAUCAUGUUGGGCAACAACGCGCUGACGGGUGCACUGCCGAUAGAAUUCUUCAGCAUGAAGAAGCUCGGCACGCUCUACCUCAACAACAAUAAACUCACGGGCCGCAUCGCCGAUCUCACUGGCGUGCCUACUGCGUCCCUCGUUGACGUUGACCUGUCCACCAAUCAGCUCAGCGGCCCCCUGCCGCCCCUGAUCGUGCGCUCAGGGCGUCUCUCGAAUUUGAACCUGGCCAACAAUCAGUUCAGCGGCGGUUUGCCAGCUGGCUGGCUGGGAUUGAACAAGCUUAAGACCUUGUCGGUGGCCAAUAACGACCUGACUGGGCCUAUCCUCCCUGGCAUCGCGUUCCUCAAGGCGCUCACAAAGGUGGACUUCUCCAACAACAAGCUCUCCGGCACUGUCGGGAAGAACUUCAAGAAGUUCAAGACUGGGUUCAAGGGCAAUGCCAAACUGUGUGUGGACUUCAAUGCCGAUGGUAAAUGUGAGGUGGCUGCCUAGGCCGCCACAUCCAAUGCUGCGCUUAUGCCAUUUCUGUAUGUCCAUCUGUACCUACAGCUGUCUUGUUCUGCACGUAAUAACCUGAGAAUUAGUGCUGUGCUAGUAAUAUCUUGUAAUUGGAAGGUAGGUACAAAUGUGCAUCGGUGAUAUGUAUCAUUAGAGUGGGUCGUUCUAUGCAAUUUUCAGUUACACCAGUGUGUACCUGCUAGAAAUAGCACUGCUCGCAUGAAGCAGAAUGCGGUAUGCCGAUAACAGAAACUACUGGAA